AUGGCGGACUACAACUACGGAGGUUCCGAGGAGGAGAACGCCGAGUUGAGAAAGCUUGAGACCGAACUUGCCGACGACCCUGACAACUUCGAGACAUGGGAAAAGCUUGUUCGUGGUGCCGAGGCGCUGGAGGGUGGAAUCAAUCGCAACUCCAAUCCGCAGGCCAUAACAACUGUCAGAAACGUCUACGAUCGGUUCUUGGCUAAAUUCCCCUUGUUGUUCGGAUACUGGAAGAAAUAUGCCGACCUGGAGUUCUCCAUCACGGGUACAGAAGCAGCGGACAUGGUCUACGAACGGGGAGUUGCUAGCAUCUCAUCCUCCGUUGAUCUGUGGACCAACUACUGCUCCUUCAAGGCGGAGACUUCCCAUGAUUCUGACAUCAUUCGAGAGUUGUUCGAGCGAGGAGCGAGCAGCGUUGGAUUAGAUUUCCUGGCGCAUCCCUUCUGGGACAAAUAUAUCGAGUUCGAAGAACGAGUCGAAGCUCCAGAAAAGAUCUUUGCCAUUCUUGGCCGCGUUAUUCACAUUCCAAUGCAUCAAUAUGCUCGUUACUUCGAAAGAUAUCGCCAGCUUGCGCAAACUCGUCCGUUAUCAGAAUUGGCGCCUGCGGAGACUGUGUCUCAAUUCCGCGCCGAGCUUGAAGCGGCCGCUGGCCAGAUACCCCCUGGCGCCAAGGCAGAAGCCGAAAUCGAGAGGGAUCUUCGGCUCCGUGUCGACGCUUACCACCUUGAAAUAUUCUCAAAGACGCAGACAGAGACUACCAAGCGGUGGACCUACGAGUCGGAGAUCAAGCGCCCAUAUUUCCAUGUCACAGAGCUGGACGAGGGUCAGCUAACCAACUGGAAGAAGUAUCUCGAUUUCGAAGAGACAGAGGGAUCGUAUCCUCGAAUUCAGUUCUUAUACGAGCGGUGUCUCGUAACAUGCGCUCACUACGACGAGUUCUGGCAACGCUAUGCUAGAUGGAUGUCUGCCCAGCCUGCCAAGGAGGAAGAGGUGCGGAUUAUCUAUCAACGUGCAAGCUGCUUCUAUGUUCCAAUUGCAAACCCCGCCACACGCCUUCAAUACGCAUAUUUCGAAGAGAUGAGCGGCCGAGUGGACGUUGCUAAAGAUAUCCACGAUGCGAUACUUGCCGUCCUACCAAACCAUGUGGAGACUAUUAUCUCCUUGGCAAACAUGUGUCGUCGCCAUGGUGGCCUUGAGGCUGCGAUUGAAGUAUACAAGAAUCAGUUGGAUUCACCUCAGUGCGACCUGGCUACCAAGGCUGCGCUUGUUGCCGAGUGGGCUCGCCUCCUAUGGAAGAUUAAGGGCUCAGCCGAGGAUGCGCGUCAAGUCUUCCAGAAGAACCAGCAGUACUACCUGGACAGUCGUCCAUUCUGGAACAGCUAUCUCAUGUUUGAGUUAGACCAGCCCACAAGUGCUGCCACUGAGAGUGUCCAAUACGAACGUAUCAAGCAGGUGGUUGAUGACAUCCGUUCUAAGAGUGCCCUUUCGGCCGACGUCGUGAGAGAUCUCGUUCACAUCUAUAUGGUCUACUUGCUUGAACGGGGAACCAAGGACGCGGCGAAGGAGUACAUGACCCUUGAUCGCGAGGUCCAUGGUCCUGCGUCUGUGGCUCAUACCAAGACUGGAGGCGCAGUGCAGGCCCCGCAGAACGGCAGUCAGGCGACACCUGUUGUUGACCCAACAGUCGCUGCCGCCGCUGCUGUUCCCCAAACCAGUCCAUAUCCUUACUAUCAACAGACUCCGGUCAAUGGUGGUUACCCAUCUCAGCCCGUCCCUUACCGAUAA